UUACAUUUCAUGAAGGGCGGGCUGUUUAGCGUGUUUUUCUAAGUUCCGAGGUUAUUGUGUAUUACAUGAAACUAGAGAAAUGAACUCUCAUUAUAGUGACUGGUGGAACGAAGAAGAAGCAAAAAAAAAAAAAAAAAAAAUGUUAUGAGGUUCAGGUAACUGCUUCGAGAAAACUUUUCCUCUUCAGGUAUUUCUGACGUGAACCUGCGCGCGUGCGCGCGCACAUACACGCACGCCUACGAUACAUACGUACACACUUACACACCUGUUGCAUCCGGGACCAGCAGGUAAGGUGGUGAAGUGGCCAGGCCUAAUGAUAUUUCUGAGCUUCUCAUGAGGAAAAUGUUACACUGUUGAGACGGGAGGCAACAUGAGCUCACACGUUCAAGAGUUAUUUCAUGAAAAUGCCCAGGGCUCUCAGAUGAAUGCUCAGCCAUGGUGGAAGGUGAAGUUGUUUGUGUGGGAGCCUGUCUUGUUCGGCACCUGGGAUGGUGUCUUCACUACAUGCAUGAUCAACAUUUUUGGAGUAGUGCUUUUUCUCCGCACAGGAUGGCUUGUAGGUAACACUGGGGUGUUGCUGGGCUUGCUCCUGGUGUCACUGGUCGUGCUGGUUGCUCUGGUGACAGUUAUGUCAGGUAUGGGGGUGUGUGAGCGGUGUACUGUGGGAAAUGGGGGCGUAUAUUCCAUGAUCUCCAUGGUUCUCGGAGGAAGAGUUGGAGGCACUGUUGGACUCCUCUAUGUGUUUGGGCAGUGUGUGGCAGGAGCCAUGUACAUCACAGGCUUUGCAGAGUCCAUAGCCGAGGUGCUGACUGUGGAGAGUGUGUGGGCUGUCCGGGGGAUCUCUGUGGCUGUCCUCCUGGCCCUGGUUGGGAUUAACCUGGCUGGAGUAAAGUGGAUUGUUCGGCUGCAGCUUGUCCUGUUGGCCAUCCUUGCUGUAUCUACUCUGGAUUUUAUCAUUGGAACCUUCAGCCAUUUGGAUCCUGAGCAUGGAUUUGUUGGUUAUUCAGAAGAGCUUUUAUGGACAAACACUCUGCCUGACUACACGGCUGGAGAAACUUUUUUUACCGUCUUUGGAGUUUUCUUUCCUGCUGCUACAGGUGUGAUGGCAGGGUUCAACAUGAGUUCAGAUCUUCAUAAGCCUGAGCACAACAUUCCUGUGGGGACCCUGGCAGCUGUCUUCACCUCGUAUGUGGUUCAACAUUUACAAAGCCCUUAUCAGUGGUUCCUGUACCUUGUUUUUGUAUUCUUGCUGGGAGCCAUUUGUACCAGAGAUGCUCUGCGUUAUGAUUUCUUAAUAGCAGAAAAGGUCUCCUUGGUGGGUUUCCUUUUCCUGCUGGGCCUCUAUGUCUCCUCCCUGGCCUCUUGCAUGGGUGGCCUGUAUGGCGCACCCAGGGUCCUGCAGUGCAUCGCCCAAGAGAGAGUAAUCCCAGCUCUGUCUUUCCUGGGACAAGGGACGGGUCCCAAUAAAACUCCAGUUGCAGCCAUCUGUCUAACAAGCUUAAUCUCCAUGGCCUUCAUCUUCAUUGGUCAGGUCAACGUUCUGGCUCCUAUUGUUACCAUUAACUUUAUGCUGACCUACAGCAUCAUCGACUACUCCUAUUUCAGCGUGGCCAUGAGCUACAAUCUCCAAGUUAAGGAAAGAAAACCUCUUAUUGAAAAACCCAGCCCUAGAAAGUCACUAGUAACAACCAGUCACCCAUGUUAUGGCAGCAAUGGUGCUUUGAGCAAGCCCAGCAAUGGCACACUUCUUGAGUUCACUAAAGAUAUGGACCAGAUAUUUACAUUGCCUAGUGCAGACAGUACAGAGGAAGACAAAGCUUCCGAUCAUGUAGCCAAGGUCUGGGGCAGGAAGGCAAAAGUUCCUGCUAAAGAAACACUGAGCAGUAGUUUUGGACUGGACUUGAACAGCAACAGCUCAUCAGAGAAGGAAAAGGAUGAGAAGGCACAUGAACAAAGCAUUGGCCCAGAUGAUGAGACCAGUAGUCAGACAGAGCUUAUCGAGUCCGAGCCAGGAGGGAAGAGGAAACUGUCUCUGCCUACUCAAAGUCCUAUUGAACUCCAUCAGAUCCCAGGGGAGAUGUCAGACACAAAUGACACAAAAGCAAAGCUGGAGGGAUCAGAUAUCCGACCAAUCCCGAAUUCAUGUUAUGCCAAGUUUUGCAAUCACUGGGUUUCCUUAAUUGGUGCACUGUGCUCCAUUUUGAUCAUGUUUGUCAUCCAGUGGGUGUAUGCCUUGGUGAAUUUUAGUGUUGCACUCCUCCUUUAUCUCUACAUAGGAAACAUAAGCCCAGGUUUGCCAACAGGUAUAGCAGCACGUUUCAGCUUUUUCCGCUGGGUAAAGAGUUCUCUGAGUAGCCUGGGCAGGCCGAAACAAGUGCUUCAAGACCAGAUUGUAGUGACCCCGUCUUUGUCAGCAGUUGACAUGGAAACCAGACAGUUGACAGAGGAAAAUACAGACUUUGCUCUCCGAGACCGUUACCACCAUUCAUCCAUCAUCACCACCACAGAAGAGAUGGUUCAUCCUCAACUCCACUAACCAGCCUCUUCCUCCUCACCUCAGCUUGGCCCUGAUAUAAUGUUUUUUAAAAAACCCUCAUAGAACAGAAGAGCUGAUUCAGGAUUAGUUUACAAUCAUUAUACACAAAUAAAUGUCAAAAGCUGAUCUUUGAUUGGCACUUCUCCUCUGAACUGUCUUCAUGACUACUAGUUUGAAUGAAAACUGUGUAAACACAUAGAAUGUUUUCAUGACUAUAAGCCUGUAAGAGGAGUCUGACAUGGAUGAUGUAUAAAUGUGGAUGAUGCUUGUGACUAGAAGUAUUACAAUUUGCAAGCAGAAUUAAAAUUUUUAAUUGAA